AUGGUGAGCCCGAAUGCAAAAAGAAAGCUGAAAGGGUGUUUUGUUACCAGGGAAACCCUAUACCGACAACAUGUCGUCGGUAUAGGCCAAGAAGUCCGUAAGAGCUUUCUUGAUCAUCUUUAUGUUGCUCUUCAGUGGCAAGAAAUUGUGACUUUCAAGGACGAUAAGAAUCUCACGAAAUUAAAAAUCAUCAAAGAUGAUCUCUUUGAGUCCAUUGAAGAGUCAAAAUUCCACAUCAUUAUUUUGUCAAAACCCUAUGCAGCUUCCACCUGGCAUGAAGCUAAAGUCAUCAAAAGAAUUGUUCAGAAGAUUUCACUCGAGUUACGUUCCACUAACUUAAAAGCCGAUGAAUACUUAGUAGGCAUGGAGAGCCGGAUAAGAGAUAUAAUUUCCUCUUUGGAAAUGGAUGUUGAAGAUGGUCGUAUGAUAGGUAUCAAAGGGAUUGGAGGCGGUGGGAAGAUGACUUUGGCCACAGCUGUUUUUGACAAAACAUGCUUUCCGUUUGAAGUUAAAAGCAUCGUUGGGAACAUUAGGGAAGUUUCAAAAUCAUCGAUGUUUGGGUUGCAAUCGUUGCAAAAACAAGUGCUUUCCAUUGUGAUAAAGGAUAUAAAUUUCAUCAUAUCGAGUGUUCGUGAUGGGAAAAGCUUAAUGAAAAAGAAUUUGCCGGGUAAGAAGGUUCUACUUGUUCUAGACGAUAUGGAUCACUUAGAUCAGUUGGAGGCAUUAGCUGGUGAGCUUAAUUGGUUCAAGGGAGGAAGUAGAAUAAUUAUUACAACAAGAGAUGAGCAAUUACUCGUUGCCCAUGGAGUGAAAGUGAUUCAUGACGUCACUCUUUUAUCACAGUCUGAUGCAACUCGCGUCUUUAAUAGGUAUGCAUUUGGUAAGGAUAUUCCAAUUAAUAUGUGCAAAGAGCUAUCACUCCAAGUUGUCCAUUAUGUUACGGGUCUUCCCUUAACGAUCAAAGUUUUGGGUUCAUUUCUUUGCGGUAAAGAUGAGCUUGAAUGGAAAGAUGCACCGGAAAGAUUGAAAAAAAUUCCAUUGAAAGAAACCCUUGAAAAAUUGGAACUAAGCUAUACCAUCCUCGAUCAUGAUUACAAGGAUAUAUUCCUAGAUGUUGCAUGCUUACUAGAAGGUUGGCGGAAAGAUGAUGCUAUUAGAGAACUUGAAUGUUGUGAAUUGCAUGCUAGGAUUGGCUUGAGAGUUCUUGAACAAAGAUCUCUCAUAACUAUUACACAUAAUCAGGAGUUAGGCAUGCAUGACCAUAUACAAGAACUAGGCUGGAAUAUGGUUCGUCGGUUGCACCCUACCAAACCCAUAAGACAUAGCCGAUUAUGGAUGCGGGGGGAGAUUGAGGAUGUGUUGACUUAUAAGUCGGUUGCAGCAACAAUAGCUAUAGCAACUCACACACAUCCAUGGCUAGGCAAGCAAGAUUUGACGAUUCUUGAUUGUGGCUUACUGCCGAAUCUGGAGAAGUUAAAUUUUAGUAAUUGUUCCGAUUUGGUUAGACUUAACACACCCCAUGGAUCCCUAAGAAGGCUUGCCCAGUUAGACUUAAAUGGUUGCCAGAGUCUCGACACUGUUUCAUUUAUCAAACAGUUGGAAAUGCUUCAGGUUCUUGAAGACCUCGUUUUCCUAGACUUCAGCCAUUCAAGUUUGACGACCCUUGAUUGUGGCUUAGUUCCGAAUCUCCAGAAGCUAAAUAUUGAAAAAUGUUAUCAAUUGGUAGAACUUCAUGUACCUAUUGGAUGUCUGAGAAGCCUUGUCUACUUAGACAUAGGUGUUGUUUGUUUUUUUGAAGUCAAAAUGUAUGCAGUCUGCGGACCACAUCUGCAAGCAUCUGCGGCAGAAGAGUUGGGGUCACUCCAGGUUCUUAAUAUCCAUGGGUGCAAAAACCUCAAGAGACUUCAAUCAGGCAUAUGUGGUUUACGAAGUCUAAAACACCUUAACCUUGUGGGUAGUGCGAUAGAAGAAGUACCCAAAGAUCUUGGGCAUUUAGAGAGUUUAGAAACUCUAGACUUAAGUUCUACACCUCUCAAGCAUCUUCCUAACAGCAUUUGUAAGUUGAAACAUCUGAAAACUCUACAUCUUGCAAGUUGUAAAGAUCUUAAGAAGUUACCCAAGGAUCUUGGCUUAUUAGAAUCUUUGGAGGAACUAAGUCUACAACAAUGCAAGAUAAGAGAUGUUCCAAUUAGCAUCUGUAAGUUGAAACAUCUCAGAGAGCUUAACCUUCGCUGUUGUGAUCAACUUGAGAGAUUGCCCAAGAAACUACGAGACUUGGAACGUUUAAAAGAGUUAAAUGUAUACGCUACAGGUAUAACUCAUCUUCCGCAGAGCAUUUCUUUAUUGAAAGGUCUGAAAAUCGUUGGAUUUGAAUAA